AUGGCUACACAUACUGCGAUCAAUGGUAAUAUGGGAUCAGGCGGCGUAGGUUUUGGCGCCGACAAUAUGGAGGUCCUGCCGAAGAUCCACAAGGCACUAGAGGUCAUUCAUAAUCCUCACUCUCCCAACGAUGCACGGCAAGAGGCUCAGAUGUUCCUCGAAGACGUAAAGAAUAAUGGAAAUGCCUCUUUUUACGGCUUUCAUCUCUCCGUCGACAAGGCUCAGUCCCCCGUGGUGCGACAUUAUGCUCUAUCACUCCUAGAGUAUGUAAUCAAACACAAAUGGGCCGAUUACACCGAAGAUCAAGCUACCGAUCUGCGUAACGGUGUCCUGGAGCUCUCACGAGGCAUAACGAGAGAUGACCCGGCUUACUUAAGAAACAAGAUUGCUCUGCUAUGGGUUGAGGUCGCAAAAAGGACCUGGGCUGGAGAGUGGAUGGAUAUGGACGCACUGCUUUGCCAACUGUGGUCAGGCCCUGCGGUACAUAAGGAGCUUGUCCUAUGCAUCUUAGAGAUGCUAUCCGAUGAUAUUUUUAGUGGCGAUGACACAGUAGUAGCAGUUCGCGAGGGCGUCCUCAGUAAGGCAUCUGUUGAGAUUUUCACACCCGCCGCGGUCCUAGUAGAGACAUUCCCCAACCGGCAGGCAGGGCCGGAUGUGAGAUGUGGCAAUGAAGGCUGGCUUGCAAGAAUCACGGACCUAUUAAGUCGUUGCUUAACGGAAGAUAUACAGAACGACUCGGAAAUACGAAGCUGCGCAGUUCGUGCUCUCGGCGUACUCUACUCUCUGCUGCCUUGGGUCGUCCCCAAUGCUGUCACUGCUACCCACCACCGCUCUACUCGGCUCGACCAGGCUACGAAGGCCCAGAAGCUACGAGGAUUCAUUGACCCUGUCGUGACUCAAUGGCAAAAUGAUCGCCUCAAACAGGCGUUAUCUUCAUAUGCGGGCUUUUGCGAACUCAUGGCUCUUGACAAAGCACAAAACUAUCUUGCACGGAUGCAGAUGCAAAAUAUCUCGGACUGGGGUUCAGUUGAACUCGAUGCUGAGGGACAAGCACUACAAGCAGAGCUUGAAGAGCGACAAACCGUUCUCCCACUACGACCUACAAAGUCAUUCCUGACUUGUUCCGCUGAUAAGGUAGAGAAGGAUAGCGACCCUUACCAAGUCUCAUGUGCCUUAUGGCAGGAUGGGUUCCCGAUUAUCCUUCCCCAAUUGCUUAAUUUCCUGAACCAUGCGCACGCUUCGCAUACCCCUGACAAUUGGACGGGAUUACCACCCGAGAUGAGAUCGAUCGUUGGUCGUGUCCUUACUGAUAGAUUCUGGCAAGCCGGUAUUUCAGAAGGUAGUAAAGAUGAAUUUUAUGCUCGCGUGCUUGAGAAGAAGCUCACACUAGAGGGGCUUGCCUCGACGAUUCGAGGUUCUAUACGCUUUGUGCGCGAAUCAUGCUACGCAAUAAUCUACUGCAUGACACGCUUAGACGUGCAGUUCUACGGCUUUAACGAGCUGCCAGGACCCUUGGCUCAUGCUCUCCUUGCCGAUUCCUUCAGUCUUUCAGCCCACCAGUUAAUCAAUGUCCUUAAUCUGGUUAGAUAUCUGGUGGACAACUGUCCGGUUCCCCUGCGAGAGCAUUUCCUCCCUCCAAUUCUAGCUGCGUGCUGUCAGCAGAUGGAUGCCAGGAUCAACUCCGAGUGGAUGAAGCUUGAGCAUCAGCAGGCGGUAAAAACGGGAGGAGAUGCUCUGACCGAAGAGAUGAAGGCGGAAAGCAUCCUAAGACAAUUGACGAACGCAGCUGUAAUGAUGGUUGCGGACUUUUUAGACCCAGCCCGGACCAACAGCAAUGAUGCAGGAAAUCAUCUUACGCUUCGAGAAUUUUGCUUGGAGCAUUCCUCUGUUGUAGAACCCCUCCUGAUGUUCUGCACCCAUGCCAUAAGGUGGCAUGAUUCCCGGUGCUGUGGCAUCAUGCUGCGGGUUUUCCGCUCCAUUAUUCCGGACUUCACAACAGGCCUUCCACCCGCAGGCACAGCUGCCGCCAUCCGCGAAUACAUAUCGUCAGAUGUUGUAAAAGCAUGUAUCACAUCGAUUCACGAACCGUAUUUUGUUGACUUGCAAAAGGAAUUUGCUUCUCUGAUCGCCACGGUCCUAGUGACAUAUAACGACUUCACAAAAACAGCUAGGGAUGUAUUGCUCUCGCUUCCCAACGUGAAGCAGGCUGAUGUCGACAGUGGGAUAGAAUAUAUGAUGAGGAAGGAAACAAGCUCUCGUGGCCAACGAGCAGUCGUCCUUCAAUUGCUAGGUGAUAUAAAGGGCGUGAGCGUUUCAGAGAUGGGCAAGUUAAGCAAAAGCACUAGAAUGCCUACUAAGACCCCUUCGGCAAAGAGGCCACCCCGCAGUAGAAUGGCCCAGCAGUUCAUGACUGUACCAAGCCACGAUGCAUCGAGACCAGGCGCCACAAGCAACGGUGGAGAGAAUGGCAACGGAGACAACCUAGAAGGGCUAGCCAGCCUCUUCGACUCGUAG